AUGGCUCGUCAGCAGCAGCGCAAACGCCCAAUCUCGUGCCACUUCUGCCGCAUGCGCAAGCUACGCUGCAACCGCGAGUUCCCCUGCUCCAACUGCACAUCCCGCGGAGUUGCCUGCCCGAAGCCGGAGCACGGCGCGACCUCUGUGGCAGGCUCUGCGGCUGCUCGUCCGGCGCCGGCCAAGAAGCCGCCGGCCCGUCCAAGCACCGACGAUCCGGACAUCCAGAGCCGCCUGGAGAGGCUCGAGGGCCUACUGCAAGGGCUGAGCAGACAGGUGGAGUCGGUGCCGGAGCUGACUGGUGCUGCUCAGUCCCCAAUUGCGUCUUUUGCCACACCACCCUACACACAACCACCCUUUGCACCACUACCGCCGCCCUUUACCGUACCAGUCGUAGCCCCCGUUCAGGCUCAGGCUCACCAUAAUUACCUGCAGGCUCACUAUCAUCUUCAACAGCCGCUGCCUCUCAAGGUCCAGGACCUGACCGACAACGCCCUGCUCGUUGAAGAGUGCUGCAUCGUAACAAAAUCCAGCAACUCCCUCUUCUCAGACCACGUCAUCUUUCGAGCGUGCCCCAUCCGCUCCAUCACUCAGCUCUUAUUCUACACCUUUCAGAGUCCCGGCUUCUCUUCCGUCUCCCUGACGGCCGAGCCCACAAGAUGCAUCUGGCUCCCCAACCGCGACGAGGCCGAGGCCCUGGUCCAAAAGUACAUCACCGAAAUCAGCCCCAUGCAUCACUUCAUCCACGGUCCUCACCUGCAGCGGCUCAUCACCGAGCUCUACGCGUCAUUGAAGUCGGGCGUUCAAGUACCCGUCGGCACUGUCGUUUUGUUGCUGGCCAUUUGUGCCAUGGUCACGUACUUGUGGACGCCUCAUGACGACGAUCUGAAGCUGUUUCAAGACGUCAAGGAAGCCAACUCGCAGACGCUCGUAUGGGUCAAGAUUCUCUUCAACCUGCUCGAGAUCUGUCAGCGGAACGACCACAGGUCCAUCGAGUAUGUCCAGGGCCUCACCCUGCUGGCCAUCACCCUGUUUAACCUCGAGGGCAUCUCUCCAAUCGGGCGGGCCAUGCUCUCUCGCGCCAUCUUCUUUGCCCGCGAGCUGGGCUUGCACCGCAUCGACCAUCCCGAUGUAGACACUUUCUGUCAUAAAUACCCGCCUCUGACUCGGUUGACGGCCGAGGUUGGCAGGAGACUGUGGUGGCAUCUCGCUGGUGUCGACUGGAUGCUCGCUCGCUUUCCCGGCCCACAAGAAGGCACAUACUUGAUCAACCCAGGUCAGAUGGCGGUGAGGAAACCAGCCAACGUCAACGACGAAGACCUUGACGAGGAACGAGAGAUCGUGCCGGCUCCCAUGGACCAGCCGACCACCAUGUCCUACUCAAUCCACCGUAUCCGCUUUCUAGAAAUAUUUCGGGAAUUCGCAGACCGAGCGGCAUUCUCAAAAUCAGCUCCGGCUUCUCAACAAUACGACAUGGUCUUGCAGAUGGACGCAGCAAUGGACCACUUCAUGUCCCACGAAGCCUCGCCCUUCUUCAGGAUCAGCCUGGAAGAACUCGAGAAGCUUCCACCAGACGACCCUUGGCGCUCGCCCACUGCCAUGCUCAACCGCCACAUGUACAACUUCUACCUCCACUCCCAGCGCUGCAGGCUCCAUCUGCCGUACCUGGCCCGCGGCACCGUCGAUCCGGCGUACGCGCGCUCGCGGCAGGUCGGCCUCCGGAGCGCGAGGAUCCUCACGCAACGGGUGAGGCAGUUGGUUAUGGAAGACGCUGGCUUUCCCCACAUGAUGCUGCGGUUCGGAGUGGCCAUGUACGGCCUGUUCGUGGCUACCAUUGCGCAGGUUUUUGAUCUGUGUUUGACGAGUGACCCGGCAGGAGACGAUGGUAGGCAGCAAGAAGUCGAACAUGCAUGGAAGACGCUGGAGCAUGCAGAGACGCAGUCCACCCCUGUGUCCAGAGGAAUGAAUAUCCUACGACACAUCAUGGACAAGUACAAGAUACCAUACCCGGCAGGUGUCAGAGGCCAUCACGAACCCGCAGGAUCAAACGAUCACACCAGUUUUAUUCCGCUCGGGCAGAUCACAGCGGAUGCCAUGGGAGUACCAGCUGGGACGCCGCUAUCCAAGCCUUGCCACCCUGACCAAGAGCUGGAAGGGCAUAUAUCCAGGAUGGAUCUCGAGGAAGUUGACUGGGAACGCUUGUGUUGGGGGUUUGAUGCUCCCUUUAUAUGA